UGUCAGCUCUUUAACCCGGCUAGGUUGCCGCUGCCGCCACCACCAAAUUCCGGAGGCGAAGAACCGAAAGCCAAGAAGACAUGGAUGUGAAUAUUGCCCCAUUCCGCGCCUGGGACGAUUUCUUCCUGGGCUCUGACCGCUUCGCCCGGCCGGACUUCAGGGACAUUUCCAAAUGGAACAACCGUGUGGUGAGCAACCUGCUGUACUACCAGACCAACUACCUGGUGAUGGCUGCCGUGAUGAUUUCCAUCGUGGGGUUUCUGAGCCCCUUCAACAUGAUCCUCGGGGGAAUCGUGGUGGUGCUGGUGUUCACGGGGUUUGUGUGGGCAGCCCACAACAAAGACAUCCUCCACCGGAUGCAGAAGCAGUACCCCACGACUUUCGUGAUGGUGGUCACGCUGGCUAGCUACUUCCUCAUAUCCAUGUUUGGCAGCGUCAUGGUCUUUGUGUUCGGCAUCACUUUCCCUUUGCUGUUGAUGUUCACCCCUGCAUCGCUGAGACUUCAGAACCUCAAGAACAAGCUGGAGAAUAAAAUGAAAGGGAUAGGGCUGAAGAGGACACCCAUGGGCAUUGUCCUCGGUGCCCUAGAACAGCAGGAGGGCAACAUCAACAAAUUCACUGAGUACAUCAGCAAAGUGAAGGAGUAAAUGGAGGCGCACGCACACCCAACUACCUAUGGCAGCAUGCAUGUGUAGGCCCAGCCGUUAACAGCUCUGGUGUUACAGAGGAAAGGCCUCAAAAACUGAAAGAAAACCUCCCCACCCCGCCCAGAGCGUCCAGAGUUUCAAGUUUGUUUAUGCAGACUGGAAGGAAAUGGCUCAUGACUAUUUCUUGAGAGGAGUAAAAGAAUUAGGAAUUCCACAGCAACAAUACUGCUAUCUUGCAGGGGAGAAAGUAGUUGUAAAAUAUCAAGGCCAUAGGAGUAAGUGAAAGGCUGUUGAAGUAGAUAAUGCCACGCGUGAGCUUGUAUCAAAUCCCCUUGAGCUAAUCCCUCCCCGGAAAAUUCCCUAGGAUUCUCAUGUGUGGGGUAUAAAUUAGCUGAGUUUUUAUUAUUAUUCUUUUAAAAUCAAAGAUGAUCUCUAUCACUUGGCCUCCUGUUUGACGUGCAGUGGAAACUGGAGAAACCAGUUGUUUAUACUUUGUUUACAAAUAUAAAGAUAGCUGUCUAGAAUAUUUUGCUAAAGUUUU